CCCCCGCUCCGGCCAACAUGUUCUCGCUGCUGAGGAUAUCGUGCAGGACAGCGGCGCGCCGGGUGGUGGUGCAGGCCCCUAGGCGGUAUCUGAGUGAGGGGACGGCGGGCAGAGGAGGAGGAGGAGGAGGAGGAGGCGCAGGCGCUGGCGGGGGGGAUGAGGAGAAGGGCGGCGUCGGCGAGACCCGGCAGCGGCUGGAGGGCCUGGUGAAGAAGGAUAAGGUGGUGGUUUUCAUCAAGGGCACCCCGGCCCAGCCGAUGUGUGGCUUCAGUAACGCCGUGGUCCAGAUCCUGCGGAUGCACGGGGUGGAGAACUAUGGAUCCUACAAUGUGCUGGAGGAUCAGGAGAUACGGCAAGGUAUUAAAAACUAUUCCAACUGGCCGACCAUCCCACAGAUCUAUUUUGACGGUGAAUUUGUGGGUGGAUGUGACAUCCUACUACAGAUGCAUCAGAACGGGGACCUUGUUGAGGAACUGAAGAAACUUGGCAUCCGGUCCGCACUUCUAGACACAGAGAAAGAGGACAAAAAAUAGAAUGAUGAAUCCCCAGAAUCAACUGGACCCUUGUCCUGACUCUUAACCCAUGUGGAUGGCGUUGCUGAUUUUAUAUUAAGUAUUACUGUGUUAUCAGGGGAUCUUGGCAAAGGCAAAAUGGAUUAGGAGCUCAUUUGAGAGGCUGGUGUUAAUACACAAAUGAUAUAGACUCCUUCAGCUGGUUGGACCCAACAGUCAUAGCCCUCAUGGACAAAAUAAAAUGGUGAAACAGAUUAAACAGCAGAUGUUACAAUAGUAAUUUUCAAUGCCUGGGGUUUUUAUGAAUUAAUAAAAUGUAUUAUGUGA